AUUUGCAGAGUUCCUCCUGUUCUUUCAGUCCCUGUCUGAUUUCGGGACGGACGGGCUCAUUAACUAACUGAACAGGAGGAGAUGGCGCCCGCGGAACUCAUGGGGGCUGCCGAGGAGUUGGCUGACAAGUUCUUACGUGUCACUAAGCGGUACCUUCCACAUGUGGCUCGCCUUUGUUUGAUCAGCACUUUUCUGGAGGAUGGGAUUCGCAUGUGGGUCCAGUGGACAGAGCAGCGCGAUUACAUCAGCAUGUCUUGGGGAUGUGGUGCGUUUUUAGCAUCCCUUUUUGUUCUCCUCAACAUGUGUGGACAGCUAGUUGGAUGUUUUCUUGUUUUAACAAGAAAAUUUGUUCCCUAUGCUUGUUUUGGCCUCUUUGGGAUUAUAUUCGUGCAGACUAUUGUAUACAAUAUCCUGUGGGAUGUCAACUUCCUCAUGAGGAACCUAUCUUUAAGUGGUGCCCUUCUGCUGCUCCUGGCAGAGUCUCACUCUGAGGGCAAGUCUAUGUUUGCUGGGGUGCCCAGUGUGGGAGAAUCAUCUCCACGUCAGUACAUGCAGCUGGGAGGACGCUUGCUACUUGUGCUUAUGUUUAUGACCCUGCUACGCUUCAAUCUCAGUGCCUUUACUAUAUUUCAAGAUAUCUUUGGACUGGCCUUGAUCCUUCUUGUAGCAGUGGGCUUCAAGACUAAGCUGGCAGCAUUAACUCUAGUUGUCUGGCUGAUGGUUAUAAAUGUUGUACAAAAUGCUUUCUGGAAUGUGCCCUCAUACCGGCCUCUCCACGAUUUCCUGAAAUAUGACUUCUUCCAGACCUUAUCAGUUGUGGGAGGACUGCUGUUGGUUGUGGCGCUGGGUCCUGGGGGUGUCUCCAUGGAUGAACAUAAGAAGAAGUGGUAACCACCUUCCAAACACAGUUUAAUUCUGAAUCAUUUCUAUGACUAGAAAUCCUAUCUCACAAGUGAUCUGAAUUGUCCCUAACUGAUCCAGGAUAAGAAUGGAAUCAGCUCUUUAUCUUUGAAUAAUCCUUGUGAAUGAAUUCAAAGGGAAAAGACUGACUCACAUCACAAACCUUAAUGCUGAGAAUGGGAUUUACAGGACAAAUGUAUUCUUAAUGGUUAAUCCCUUGUGAUUAGAGUUCCUAUGACCCAGAAGAAUUGCUAAACAAACACUUCUGGAAUAGAUGGUUUUUAUCAGGUGGGACAUUUUCCCCUAAUGGAAUUUUAUCUGGUUCCAUGGGACAUACAGGAUCAGUGCCACAAGUUGGAACUGCACAAAUACAAUCCAUGUCCGUAGUGGAGGACAGUACCAAAGUCAUAAGUAGAAUUUUAGCACUAAAUCUGACAAGAAAAAUACAGUACAAGAUUCAAAAUCCCUGUAUUAUACCUUUUUUGUAUUCUUUUAAACAUGUGCCUUGGUCAGGCGUACCAUUAUGUGACACAUCAUCCUGCAUGGGUUUGUAUCAUUUGUCCAAUCACCUCCCGAGAAUGCUGGGAAGUAAAACGGUUUUAUUAUUA